AUGUCAGGUGAGGUUGAUAAGACAUCACCAAGGUCUCCGGAGAAUUCCAACGCCUCUGGCACAAAGCGCCAACGACGACCUACCGGCGAGAUCGAUAGUGGGCCCCUAAUGUCGUCCGAUCAGUUGACCGAUAAACUAUCGCCUACCAGUGUUGCUGCGGCUGCCAUCAAGUCGCCCGAACCCAAACGGAAGACUUCUGUAGCGGUGAGUCCACACCCUUUCUGCCUUGACGAGUUCUUACAGCAUCAGUUUGUGUCCUAUGAGGCCGGUUAG